AUGUCGCCCACAACAAGAAAACGCCAGAAAAAUUAUAUCCCACACGUUCUCGAAGCCGUGAAAAUGCUGCAAGGAAAGGAUCAUGGAGCCUCCACCAAGAAUAUUUUGAAAUAUCUAGAGGAUAAGUUAAAUGAUGAAAUGAAUGGUGUGAAAAUUUUGCCUUCACCAGCUGAUGGAGUGGUGAAAUCCGCCCUCAGGGAGGCUUUGAGUUCUGGUCUACUUGUUCAUUACAGUGGGGUUGGUUUAAACGGAUCAUUCGUAUUACCACUGCACUCCAAAGGAUUAAAAACAAAAGAUAUGGAAGACAUGAAACAACAGGACAAGCAGAAAUCUGUCAUCACAAAAGAAGCAAAGUUGCGAACGAUUUCUUCGCUGGCAAAUAAACUUCAAGAAAGUGCUCGCCUUCAAAAGAAACCGGCCAAGGCGGACUCUGCCUCUAAACGUCGGCGGAUAACCAAGCUUCAGUUGCCAGUUGGCGAUCUUGAGUCAGACAAAGAAGAUCAGUUUGACACUGGAGAGAAUACAACAGCGUUAAAAACAAUUUUGAAACUAUCGCGAAAAAGAAAAUUUACUGGCUCUAAAAUCAAACGAAAGAAAGUUUCAAGAAGAGUCAAAUUUCGUUCGCCACCCCGGGUAAUUUUCAUAACACCUUGCAUUAAGAGACGAUCCAAGCGCAAGAAGGCGGAGUAACAUUAGCGGUAAUCGUGGAUAUAACGCUGGAGGGCAGAUAAAGGUUUUAAGGCAAACUGUAACCGAAGUACAAAGUAACAAAGAGUAAACUUUAAUACCACGACUGAUAUGGAAAUGGCAGUUAAAAACAAAGUAGCUCAAAGUAUGUUCUGCUGUUUUGACAAAUUAUGUUCCAUGUUGUGUACCAAUGGCUACUUUCCUUUUCUUUGCAUGAGGAGUAAUUAAUCGUAACAGUAGACCGAAUCAGCCCUUUUGAUUCAUGCUACAUCAUCUAUGAGGGAAAGCUUACCUUUGAUGGAUACUUCAUCCCCUCCCCUCUCCUCCUAUCAAAUCCAUUCCUAAAUUUACAAGUCUGUUCUCAUUUGUGUCAUGUUGGGUUUGUUCAUUUAAAAAGUUCAACGUUUGAAAAGAAAGCUCAGCUUUUAUUGGGAUGAUGAGAACUGAAAAAUAAAUUUUUCUAGUGGGGCCUUGAAGUCCACAAGUCUUAAACUUUACUCCAGAUGUUCACCUUUUUCAAGUGAUAUUUUUACAACUUUAGCCACUUGUCACGGGAUUUGAACCAUGACUUUGCAAGAGAGACUUCUGAAGAUCAGAUGUUUGUUUUUAUUCCCAUUAUCACUGGAUUUAAGCUUGUCAAUGAGCUCUCUGACAUGUGACAUUUCAAAGCUUUGCCUACAGAACCACUCCUAAAUUUAAUAAAUUAUUCUUAAUGUAACUUUUUAUCCUAUAUGAUACCAGUUUCCUAAAGUCCCUGAAAUGUUAAUAAAGAACCUCAUUUUUGAAUAUGGCAAUUUGUUGUACCACCUGAUGCUGUGGUAUUAACCAUCAGAUCAAAUGUAGAUGAGAGGCACAGAACUA